AAAAACAUCAAUUUUAAAUCCACUGUCCAAUAUUCCUCAGUCCACAUGCAUCUUUCCUCGUUUUGGCAAGGCGAUCAUUUCCGCUCCCGGGAUCGUUUGCGGCCCGCCAUCCGGCCGGGAUGAAAGGCCGGGCGUUGAUUUUAGCGCCCUGAUUUGCUGAGUCAUUCUCCUCCAAUCUUAAAAAUAUGGUAGUCACUCUUGUUCUUAGCGGUAUUUUCGUUUCGCUCUCUUGCUGCCUUAAAGUGGCCGUUGGAGAAGAGAUAGCAGAAGGUGACAAUUUCAUCUCCCAAAGUACUGCUAGAACACUGAUAGCUGUCAUAGGAGUGACAAUUUGUUUGGUAGUACUUAUUAAGUGGUAUUUUGGUGGAGGAGUAUGCAAGAGCAAGGCACGACUUGAUGGCAAGACUGCCAUUGUAACAGGUGCAAACACUGGAAUAGGCAAGCAGACAGCAUUGGAUUUUGCACAGAGAGGUGCCAGGGUCAUUUUGGCUUGCAGAGAUGAGGAAAAGGCCAAAGAUGCUGCAAGGGACAUUAUUGCUGAGACUGGAAGUGAUAAAGUUGUUGUCAGGAUUCUUGACCUGGGUUCUUUUGAGUCUGUCAGAGCUUUUGCUAAGCUCAUCAAUGAAACAGAAGAGAGGCUGGACAUUCUUGUAAACAAUGCAGGGCUUUCUGGAACUUACAGGUUGACAAAGGAUGGCUAUGAAAGUAUUUUUCAAGUAAACUACCUUAGCCAUUUUCUGCUCACUUUACUACUGAUAGAGAAAAUAAAAAAAUCAGCACCAAGCCGCAUCGUAAAUGUAUCAUCUUUGGGACAUGAAGCAAAAUUUGCAGAUUUCCGUGGCCAACUUGAAGAUUUUAAACCUUCCAAAGAGAAGUGUGACCUACUUAGUCGCUAUUGUCAAUCAAAGUUAGCGCAGGUUGUGUUCACAAAGGAUUUGAGCAGGAGGUUAGAGGGUACUGGAGUAACAGUAUAUGCCCUUCAUCCUGGUGGUGUAAAGUCCGACAUCUGGCGAAACUGGAGCAUUUUGAACAAACCUUAUACAAAACCUCUAUUUCAGCUGUUGUCGUUCCUUGUCAUGAAAGAUACCAAGCAGGGAGCACAGACAACAAUCUACUGUUCAGUUGCAGAAGAGCUGGAAGGUGUCUCAGGGCUUUACUACAGUGAUUGCCGAGUCAAGGAGUGCAAUCCACUUGCCAGAGAUCUUGGUUUGGCAAAGAAGUUGUGGGAUGUUAGUGAAAGGGUGACUGGAGAAAGCUGGAACAAUUAAAACUGAUAACAAUACAGUUUUAUCUUAGUUUACUUGCCAGUUUUAUCUUCUUAGCACAUUUUUAUAUUACUUAUUUUAACACAUUUUUAUAUGUUAGUUUUAGUUUUAGUAUGUUAGUCCAUUUUAUGUAAAGCACUAAUUUGAAUAUCUUUACAGUAGUGGCACUGUAUAAAUGUACAUUAUUAUUAUCAUCAUCAUCAGCGUCAUUGUCAUCGUCGUCAUCAUCGUCGUUAUCGUUGUCCUCAUGUAAUGUUCGCUUAGAGUCCUU